AUGUUAUUUCAUUAUUUCAUUUUUAAUACCAUAUGCUUAUCUUUAAUUUUCACUGUCAAUUAUUUUUACGUAUUUCUGGUAUUCUCAUUGUGCCUGAAAAAGGCUGGUUUGGCCAGCCGAAAUAUAGUACACCUUAGAAAAAAUCAUCCUACGUUGUCUUGGUUUCUGCUUUUAUAUUCUCCAUUUAUAUGUGAGGCCGAUUAGAGGUCUCGAAUCGCCAUGCUAUUUGUUUUUGUACACCAUGAAUUCAUGAAACACGUAAUUGUUUUACGACGAUUUUCCGGAAGUAUGCUAAAAUCUGCUGAGCUAGCGUAACAAUAACAAUGAAAUAUUUGUCACACUUUCACUUAUCUCGCGUAACGCGGCCAUGCCAAGGGUAGGCGGUGAACGCAAGCCACAUUGCUGUGCUAACUUGAGCAAGGGCCUUAAGUGAAAGUGUGAUAAAUGUUCCUCUGAUAGAAAUUAGAGGACCCAAGCUGGUCGUUUAUCGGUUGGUUAUCGAUUGUCCGAUAGCAAUCGAUAAUAGCUACAAUAAUAAACUACAAUAUUUGUAAUCGAUUUCCCAUGACAGAUCACGCCAGGUUACGGAAGCCCGAUUACGCGGACGUCACUGGUGCCGAAAAUUGUUGUCGUAUGUCAUCGAGUGUCGAGUAAGGGGAAUUUUAUUCUAUCACUUUCGAUUCUUGGAUUACAUCAUUGCUAUUGUCGAUGUGCAUAAGAGGUCCAGUAAAAUCGUUUUGAUAGUAUACUUUAAGAAAGGACAGAAAGGUUUUUCAGAGAUAUUGCUUGGAAUAUCAUGCAAGGGUUUGCCUAUACACGCUACUCGACUGUGUGGACAUACGUGGCGACUUUUAUCGUGUGGCUCAGUUUAGCCUACAUACCCACUGAAGGAGGCACUUGCUUCGAUGAACGUCUAAACUAUCGCUGCGAGGGUCUAAAUAGAGUGGAUAAGUCCAUCAAGGAUGUUGAAUGGAGAGCUAAAAAUUCUAAAAGCAACCAAUGGAUUCGGACCACUUACUGCAAUGGGUUUAUGACCUGUAUAGUCGAGCAACCAAUGUUACCAAACGGAGUCAAAGUGACGAACAUUUCCAACGGUACCCUGACGUUACAACCCUCAGCGAAGACCGUGACUGAUGACAUCAUUGAGUUAAAAUGUCUGGUUCAUUACACGGACUCUACCAUAAAUACUCCUCGUGUUGUCAAGAUCCACUACAGCAACUUUACCGUCUGUAUCAGGGCUCAGAAAGCUUCGGACGUAAACUUCACCAAGGUCUUGAGGAACAUAUUACCAUGGCAACGAGUCGUAGAUAUCGAAUUUUACGACACCAACAAAAGCAAGCUUGCGUACUGUCACACAAGUAACUGCAUAAAGGAAUCAAUCGGAAGCAGCGAUGCAGUUCCAGUUUUCUGGAACAGAUUACGGGUCAAACACGGCUCGUUACUGCUGACCAGAAUUAACGAGAGUGACGACGAGCUCGAGAUUAGAGUCAAAGUGCACUUGAAUGAUGAUUCAGCACGUGUUUACACCUUCGAGAUCCUUGUGGUGAACGGUUCUCAAGAAACCGCGAUAGCAUCACUUGCAACAGCAACAGCAACACCAACAGCAAUUCUAACAACAACACCAACAGCAACACUGGCCGUAACAGCAACAGCAACACCAACGGAAACUAAAAGUUCCAGUACUCCUCCUUCUUGGCAUCCUGAAACACCAACAACCGAAAGUAUUCGUGGGUUAAAAAGUGUUUCAGCUGUACUUGGACAAGACUGGACAGCGGUUUUGAUAGUGGUAGCCGUCUUCCUUGGCAUCGUAUUUGGAGACUGAAGAGAUUAGCUGUUUUCGAUAAAUUAUAAUUCAGCCUGGCAGAGAGCUUAAGAAAUUGAAUGACUAUGUUUAUUCAUUUCUCUUGUUCUUGUCUCGAGGCCUCACUAUCAAGCCGAAUGAGGCUAUUGGCUAAGUUUAAAUAACUGUGAUUCUGGAUUGGAGAGUGGACUUUCUUACGCUGUGUCUUAAAGGGGGAAUUUCCGGUUAGAUCACUACAUGGUCAGAUCGUUUCAAGUCAGAUCGUUCCACAAAAGAUCAUUUCGCUCACAAAAUGACAAGAGAACUUUCUUCCUGAAAGAUAAACGACGCACUCAAUGUUUAUAUCGUUUCACGGACCGAGUUUAUACAAAUUUCCAUCUUCCUUGACUGUGUUCAAACUUACUUUUCCAGGUCCCGGUUCGAGGAACGAUCUGACUUGAAACGAUCGAUCUGAUCAUGAAACCAUCUAACAGGAUACCUAAAUCGGUCUUAAGUGUUCCCACCGUAACAUUAGUCAUAGAAGUUAGUCGCACAAAAUGUUUAAUUUUCACUCUCAACAAUUAACUCCAGCAUUUUAGAGCAACGACGUAAUGCAGUUGAGUGUUUUAGUUUACAAUGGGUUAUUUUAGUCUAGAUCUUUUACAGCAGAACCGCGUUUUUGACAAUGACUCGGAUGGAUUGUUAGAUAAUGUGGAGUAAUAAGCCUGAAAUUUUAUAUUCAAUUUUACUUGCCAUUUAUUUAUUCUAGCUCAUACUUAUUUUUUAGAGCACGUUAUUAAUAUACAGUAUAUAUUUUUAAGGUAGUACUAGACGUUGAUGCAGAUAUACUUUAAGUUCAUGUACAGUACGAAAACUUUACUUUAUUACGUAUUUAUUGACG